AUGGGGUCCUCUGCGGGAUCCGGAGCUGAGGCAGCACUUGAGAUGCAGCGAAUCUGCCGAAUAAGUGCGACGUGUGUGGUAAAACAUUCGCCCGGAAAGAUCACCUCGUUAUUCACCAGCGCGUGCACACGGGGCAGAGACCCGCCCUUAUUCAUGCGACGUGUUCAAACAAGCUGGCGAUCCACAAGCCGAUGUGCAAGCUCCCUCAACGUAUAUCCAGUUGCUGUGCUCGUGUGGUGUAUGCCUAGAGAGACCGUUCGGCGCAUGGGGCCCUCCAGCACUGCAGGACCAGGAGCUGAGGCCGCUCUUGAGAUGCAGCGACUGCGACAUAUGCGGAAUGUCCUUCAGCCAGGCAGGACACGUAACACGUCACAGGCGCAUUCACACAGGGGAGCGCCCUUAUUCUCAAACGAGCUCGUAGUGCACAAGCGUACUCACACGGGCGAGCGCCCACACCGUUGCGAUACGUGUGGUAUGGCCUUCAGACAACCAAGCUCCCUCUACGCGCAUGUACGCAGGCACAAGCGAUAG